AGGUGGCCAUGGUCCGUUGACUCGUUGGAAGGGUCUGGCUGCCGAUCAAAUUCUUGAAUUUGAUGUUGUCACAGCAGAUGGACAACGUCAAACGGUGAAUGCCUGUCAAAAUACGGAUUUGUUCUGGGCAUUGCGAGGUGGAGGGGGCGGAACCUUUGCUGUUGUACUUUCGGUUGUUCUACGUACUUUUCCAUCGCCGUCCAUCAUCGGUGCUCUCUACAACAUUUAUGCACCAAACGAAACACGCUAUGCUAGUUUUAUUCGAGAUUUUAUUCGAUUCUUACCUACAUUAGCUGAUGAUGGAUGGGCUGGUUAUUUUUCCAUGAUAGACACAAAUAUUACCAUUGCAUUUCUCUUGCCUAACGGAGAUCUGAAUGUGUCUAAUACCACAUUCAAUCAACUGACGAAUAACAAUACGGAUUUACAUUUUGCACUAAGUUUAAUCUUUCCGACACCAUCGUUCGAUGUUUUUUUCGCUAAUGUAAUGGCACCGUUCAAUCCUACCGGUGCUAAUGUUCUACUCGGCUCCCGUCUCAUUCCCGAAACGAUCGUCCGUAAUCAAUCAGAUCAAUUGGCUGACGUGUUCUUUCAAACCAAAGGUCAAAGUCAACAUAGAUCGAGUCUUAUCGGACACAUGGUAGCCGGUGGACAGGUAUCCAAUACGUCAAUCAAUAGCAGCGUCAGUCCAGCUUGGCGUACAGCUCUUCUCCAUAUGAUCUAUACGCAGUCAUGGCCGGAUGGGACAUCCACUGCAGAUCAACAAGCUGUCGCUGAAAGUGUUACAAAUCAAGUCGCAAUUUUACAAACAAUGGCAGGUGGUUCCCAGUCAGGUAGCUACAUGAACGAAGCCGAUCCGAAUGAACCGAAUUGGCAACAGAAAUUUUUCGGUACACAAGCGAUCUAUGACAAACUGAAAUCCAUCAAACAAACAGUUGAUCCACUCGGCUUGUUCGUCUGUAAGAAUUGUGUUGGCAGUGAUGACUGGUCAUCGGAUCUCAACUGUCCGCAGAUGUCCAGCGCUGGUCAAGUCAGUGUAACAGUAAUCGUUUUAAUCCUAAUGGGAAUCUUUGCAUUGUCUUUAAAUAUAUAG